UUUCAGUCCCCCUGCCUGUUUGACUGGCUAGUCAGGGUUAGAUGCCCCUCUUAGACUACACCUGACAUGCCACACUGUUUACCCUGCGCUAUUUUUCUCCAAAACUGUUGAAUAAUAAUCAAAUCAUACAGAGAAUAAGCAGAUAGAAGAGCAGAGUGAAAUGAGAGCUGUUCUGUUGUUUCUCUACAUCUCCACAUCAGUCCCUGUGGUCAUAGGCACACUCUCAAAAACAGAUGCCAAGAAACUCAACAAAGUGCCGGAGGCUGAGACAACCGUUGUGGAGCAGCCGGUGCAGGAGAGGGGAUUGGUGGUGACUGCUCCCAUGUGGAGGGAUGUAGUGAAAGAGGAGAAAAGAUUUUGCCCUCAAACCAUCCCAACACGUCACUUUCAGGGAGCAGUGCUAAGUUAUGUCACACCGUGGAACUCACAUGGAUAUGAUAUUGCUAAGAUUUUUGGGCCUAAGCUGACCUCUGUGUCUCCGGUGUGGCUCCAGCUCAGACGCAAAGGACCAGAAAGCUUUGAUAUUACCGGCCUGCAUGACAAUGACCAGGGUUGGGUCAAGGCGGUAAAGAAAGCAAACAAAAAAAGUAAAGUAUUACCUCGAUUAUUGUUCGAUGGCUGGUCUUAUCAGGACUUCAUGAGCGUUUUGGACAGUGAGGAUGAGAUUGAGGAGGUUGGUCGAGAAAUCGUUGAAGUGGCAAAGGCUGAAGGUUUUGAUGGCUUUACUUUGGAACUGUGGAGUCAGCUGGGAGGAAACAAGAGGACUGAGCUAAUACACUUGGUUACACACUUGUGCAAGUACCUGAAGGCUGGGAAGCUUAACUGCAUUCUUGUCAUCCCUCCUGCUGUCAUUCCUGGGUCAAAGCAACCAGGCAUGUUUGGAAAGGAAGACUUUGAAAAACUGGCUCCUGUUGUCGAUGCAUUCAGUUUGAUGACUUAUGACUAUUCCGGUCCGGGCAGACCAGGCCCUAGUUCUCCGGUGCCCUGGAUGCGAGAUUGUGUGCUGCAGCUCGCGCCACAGAGCCAGUGGAGACACAAGAUCCUGCUGGGCAUCAACCUAUACGGCCUCGACUUCACUGUCAAUGGGGGAGCAGAGCCCCUGCUGGGAAACAGAUACAUUGAGCUUCUGAAGGAAGUCAAGCCAAAGCUUGUUUGGGACGAGUAUGCAGGAGAACACUAUUUUAAUUAUAAAAGAAGUUCAGUGAAGCAUGCAGUCUAUUAUCCAACUCUCAAGUCUCUCCAGUUACGAAUUGCCCUGGCAACAGAACUGGGUACAGGACUUUCUCUGUGGGAGCUUGGACAAGGCUUGGACUAUUUCUAUGACCUUUUGUGAGACAAACUAAUACAUGUGGACACAUACUUACAAGAUGUAAUUCCUUCUUCCAAACACUCAUACGUUCUGGUACAUUAAUGACAAUGCCACUGCUGAGCAUGCCAAAAAAUAUUUUUAUUAAUAAAAUCAAGAAGGAUGAACA